AUGGUAAAGUUCAACAAUGGGGCAUUUGAAGACAUAGUUAUUGCAAUUAACCCAGGAUUAUCUGAAGAUGACAAAAUCAUUAACAACAUAAAGGAUAUGGUUAAAGAAGCAUCUUCUUAUCUCUUCAUUGCUACAGAGCAAAGGUUUUAUUUCAAAACUGUAAAAGUUGUAAUUCCUUUGACAUGGGCAGCCAAACCUGAAUAUGCAAGAGUAACCACGGAAUCUUAUACCAAUGCUGAUAUCAUCGUGGCUGAUCCUUUCAUAAAAUAUGGAGACGAACCUUACACCUUGCAGUAUGGAGGGUGUGGGGAACAGGGGCGCUACAUUCAUUUCACAUCAAACUUUCUCACAAAUGACAGUCUACUAGAUGUUUAUGGAUCGCGAGGAAGGGUCUUAGUCCACGAGUGGGCUCAUCUCAGAUGGGGUGUCUUUGAUGAAUACAAUAAUGAUGCACCUUUCUAUACUACUGGAGUCAACAAGGCUGAAGCCACAAGGUACUAUGACAAAAGUGUAACUUUAACUGAUCACAGCAUGGCAAAAAUAAGUUUGCACAUGGAAUAAACAAGGCCCCUUCCACACAGCUGAAUAAAAUCCCACAUGUUAUGCUUUGAACUGGAAUAUAUGGCAGUGUGGACUCAGGGCCCUUCCACACAGUCCUAUAUCCCAGAAUAUCAAGGCAAAAAUCCCACAAUAUCUGGU